UCCAUUUAGUAUUUAGAUUUAAUAUUAAAUGAGUAUUAAUUAAUGUUUUUAAUGUUUAUUUGGAUGAAAUGGUUUUGGAAAACAACUACCGUAAUAAUGGUGACAAUCAUUCAAAGUGUAUUUAUUUUAGACGAUAGGUACACAUAAACACUUGGCGUUAUUCUGAUGCUUGUAUAAAUGAUUGCUUUUUAUUUAUCUGAAUAUAACAAUAGAACUGAAUUCAUUAAUUAGUAGUAGAAGUAACGUGAUUUAAAAUAGCUUGUAGAAAUAAUGAAAACAAAAUUACCUAUUGGUGUAGCAAUUUUCCAGAAAAACCAUAUUAAUCAAUAUGAGCAGCAAGCUUAAAAAUUUGCCUAAAAAAAGAAAGACAGCAUUGUUUAUCAAUAAAGUAUUUUACCCUUAAGCAUCCAAAAAAAUCAUCAUUAUUCUUAAUAAGAAAUUAAAAACUUAAAAAAUAAUUCUGAUAAGUAUAUCAGUUGUUCAAAUAUUCGUGAUUAAAAGAGUUCAGUAUUAAUUUAGCAGUUUCCCAAUUAGGAAACUAAAUUAGAUAUAGAUAUUCGCUUUAUAAAUGAUAUUCUAUUUUAGCAAGCUUUUAACAUAACUGAUUAAUAACAACAAUAGUAUUCGAAUAAUUUUUGUUCUAAAGGACUUGAUGAUUCACAAAUAAAGAUGAAAAAAAGUAAUUCAUCUUCUAAUUCAAACAGCAGCAGCGGUCAAAAAUCUCAAAAUAUAAACAUUGAUAAUAAUUUAAGUAAAAUUAGAGAAAAGGAAUAUAGCAGUGGAAUGAAUCAUUCUCGUUUUUCUAAUAAAUACAAUGUAAGUAAUGAUAAUGUAUUAGAAAUGAAAAAUCUUUAUACAAAUAAUAAUAAUAUCACAGAAGCAAAUAAUCUACUUCUUACAGAAUGCUAUGAAAAAUAAAAGAGAUAUAAUAAUUUUAGAAUUAAAGAUAAAAUUACUUAACAAUCUGUUCAUUAGUUUUUAGAAUCGUUAUAUGUGCCUUAAAGAUAGAAUAAUCCAAAAAAAUAAUAUAACUCUAAAAUGUAAAACUAAGACGAUGAAGAUUAAAUAGGGUUUUACACUAAUUUUGCAGAAGUAAGAAGACAACAGUAGGAUAACAGAUCCAGCAGCGGAUAAAAAAUAAAUUUUAAAUAAUUGAUAAAUAACUUUUUUUAGGCUAAUGAAGAAAGCCCGACUCGCUCGCAAAGAUUAAAUAAUUUUGAUCGCAUGUAUUUUAAUUGCUAACAAAUCUUGGAUAGACCACGCAAAGAAACAAAGGCAGAUUUAGCUGCCAGAUCUAAUAAUAAUGAUGAUAACUUAAAAUAAUAUGAUAUAAAAAUUACAUCUGUAAUUUUGAAUGGUGAGCCAGCAUUAAUUGUAAUGAUUAAUGAUUCUACUGACAGAUUUAUUAUGUAGUAAAUGAAAGAAUCAUCGGAAUUUAAAUCCUAGUUAUUGAAUUAUAUUUAGCAUAUUGCUAAAACGCCGCUUAACUCUAUAAUUUAGCUAAGUGAAACGAUGGAGUAGUGGUUCCCUCUCUCACCGAACAACAAAUAAAUCUGCAACGAUAUCAAAGAUAACUUAGAAAUAAUAAAGAAAAAUGGGCUGAUUCUUCACCACUAAGUACAAAGUAUCAUAGAUCUUUAAUAGAUAAAUUGCAAUUCUAAAAUACAAAUAAAGACAGAUCUUAUAGAUUUAUACACAGUUAUUAGAGAAGUUUAAGAGCUAUUUUAGACAGAAAUUGAAGGUAAACACUUAAAGUUUGAGAUUGAUCUAGAAGAAGAAAAUAUAGAGAUGCAGACAGACGAAAACAGAUUAACUUAAAUUUUAAUUGAAAUGAUAGGAAAUUCUGUUAAAUUUACCAAAGAAAAUGACUCAAUAAAAAUUCAAGCUUCAAUAUAAAAAACAUACACAGUCAGUUUAAUUUGUAUAACGAUUAUUGAUACAGGUUCAGGAAUGUCUCCUGAGCAAGUUGCUAUAAUAAACUCAAGCGCUUCAUUAGAAAAUAUACCUGUUCCUAAUAGUCAUUUCAGAUAAGGUCCUGGAAUUGGCUUAGAAGUAUCUAGGAAAUUAAUAGGACUAUUAGGUCCUUUUUCUAAAUUUAACUUAAAAUCUGCUGUUGGAGAAGGAUGCUAAUUUAAAUUUUGGCUUUAUAUGAAUUUGAAUGAAAAAGAAGCUGCUGAAAAAAGCAACAGAAUGAUGAGAAAAACUUCAGAUUUAAUCUUGGAAAAGGAUGAUAUUCCAUCUUAUGAUAAAUUUGUGAUAAGUAAUAAAUUAUAACACAUGGAGAUUAUGAUAGAUCCUUUCAGCAUAAUUCCACAAGUUAUGUACAGUAACAAAGAUUUCAACCAUUUCAUACAAUCUAGGAGGUCUUCAAAGUAAUCAGGAGCUUCAUUUUCUCCUAAAUAAGCUAGAACUACAGUAGGAGGAGUCUUAGGUUACAGCUCUUCUUUUUCCAAUAACAAUUAACUUACUUAGCUUUAAAAUUAGUUUUUAUUGGAGCAGUAAACACUUUAAGCAUAGAUAAUGAAAAAAAGAAGUCUUUAUAGAAUGAACUACUCUCCUUAAAUUGUGAUAAGAAAAAGAGACAUGACUUUAAAUACAUACAUGUAAGAGUAAUAGAAAAAUCCACUUGCAAUUUAUAUCAAACCUAAAACUUCUUAAGCGAAAUUAACUCCAAGUAAUUCAUAGAAAGAUUUAAAUAAUGAAUAAACCGAGGAAGAUAAAAUCAUCAAAGAAAAUUAAUCAGAAAAUGCUAAAAAAGAUGACAAUAGCUUAAGUUCUCCCAAAAAGCUUGAAGAAUUUAAUUAAAAUAACAACAAAUGUACCCCAGUUGCUUCUAAAAAUUUGAAUAGCUAAUUUAAAAAAAAUAUUUCUAAUUUUAAUUAAGCUCCUUAAAAUUAAAAUCAUUCUAAAGCAACUACUGCAAUGAGAAAAUUAAAGUCAAAUGUAAGUUUAGAUAGCUUGGACACUCUUUUGAGACCAUUCAGGCACUUUAAUAAAAAGCAUACUUUACAAAUGAGAAGUAAAUAAGAGAGUAGCAAGUUUUAAAGAUCAAACAGGAAGUUUUUAUCAAACAGCUAUCAGGCGAGCUAAGAAUAUCAUAGUACUACUCUGUCACCUUGCAUAAAAAAAUCUACUCUUACUAAUUAAUCCCAACAAGUUGUAAAUUCUCAAGUACUUAAUGAAACAAAAAAUUAUUCCACUUACUUCACUUAAGCUUUAGAUAAUAAUAAUUACAACAAAAUUAGAAGUGAAAGUUAGUUCAAAAAGAACCCCUAAAAUUUUAAAAAAACAUAAUAUCACAGAAACUAAUCGAUUGAAGAUCCAUUCACUUAGCUUCUAAGAAAACAAGAUCAUCUUUAUAAAAGUACAAAGUUAAAGGAUCUUUCAGGAGAAGAAAGCGAAAAUGACGAAUUAGAUGAAGAAAAUGAAGUUGACGAUACAGUUAACAGCUAAAUCGAUGGAAACGCUAAUUAAAACUCAAUCAUUAGUUAAAAUUUAAAGAAUAGCAAAAAGCUCUUAUCUUUAAGCAAGGGUUUUUUGAGUCCUAGAUCAAAUAAAGAAGGCUAAUCUGGUACUGAGAGUCAUAAUCUUGUUUAAACAACUAGAUAUUCUAUUGAUAAAAAACAUUUACAAUCGCCUCUUUCUGAAAAUUUAAAUACAGAGAUAAGCUUCCUUUAGUUAGAAUUAACUGAUGAAUUUGGUGGUUAUUAACAAGAAAAAAAUGAUGUAAGAAAUCUGAAUAUAAAAUCAAACGAAAAAGUUUUUGUCAAUAGAAAUUAAAAAAAAAAUGCUGGAACAUUAAAAUAUGAGAAUCAACAAUAACAAUUUACUUUCAACACAAUAAAAAAUUCUAAUUUUUCUUAAAUAUCAUUAAGAAAUUUAGACUCUUGUAUAUAAAUUUAAGAAGAUAGACUGAGUAUAGUAUCCUUGCAAUCUAAUAAUUCUCAUAAAUUUUCUCGUCCCCAGGAAAAAUCGCAUUAUCACUCUCUAACUCACAUACCUGAUUCUGCUACUAAUUAAAGUCCUAGAAUGAAAAAGAGACAUGAAUAAAAAAGUAGUCUGAAAAAACAUAAAAGACAAAGUCAUUCACCAAUAGAAGCUUUGCCAACAUAACAAAAUGAUAAUUAACUUAGACUGCCUGUGGGGAAAAAAUGUAUACUCAACACCACUAGCUUUGCUGAUAAGGAAAAGAAUAAUAUUUAAAGUGGAGCUAAGCAUGCAAUUGCAACUUAAGGAGUGUCAUUUUUGCUUCCAGAUUAAAACGAAUACGGAAAAAUGAAUCAAAAGGAACCAAGGAUAGUAAACAUUUAGAUAGAAAAAACUUAAAUUUCUAAAAAUGAAGGUGAAAGUACUUUUAGAGAAUAUAUUGAAGAUAAACUAACUCCAGGCAAAAAUAGGAAGAGUCUGCAAUAAUCGAAUAGGGGAAGUAUUGAUGGAUAGAAAUUUAAUUUUAUUUAUUCAUUAGAUAACUUGGUACCCUUAACUGAAAAGGUACAAUCGCCAAACAGUAAAGAAUAGAUUAAUGAAGGUAAUUAAAACUAGAAUAAUACAUAAAUUAGAACAAAAAUAUUAAUUAAGAAAGAUACUGCAAAUGAUCCUUAAUUAUUAAACAUUUAAAUAAAUGCUUUGGAUAAUACUGAAUAAAUAUAUUCUAGUUAAGUCUUAGAUGAUUAAAAGUCAUAAAAUAAAAUGUUUUUAAACACUUACUAGUAGAACAUUCAUUAAUAACAAAGACAGUAGCAAUUUACUGCCAAUUAAGUUGUUAAGAGCCAUUCAUCUAUAGGAAACAAACAGGUAAAGCCUACUAUGAAUACAAUAAUGAGUCAUGAUAUUGAUCAAGACAUAUUCGAUACUCUAUUUCCAGAAGAUACCCUAAUCCUUAUUGUAGAUGAUACUACAUUUAACAGAAUAGUACUCAAAUAGAUGUUUAAAAGCUCAUAAAAUAUAGUUAUACAAGAAGCUAUUAACGGGUAAGAUGCUAUAGAUAAAAUAAAAACCCUGAAAGAAACAUAAAAUAGAACUUUUAACUUAAUAUUUAUGGAUCUAAAUAUGCCAAUCAUGGAUGGAUUUGAAGCUCUUAAGCAAAUAUAAAAUCUAAUUCAUUAAAAAUAUAUCUCAUGGGUUCCUGUAGUAGCAGUAACAGCUUAUGAUACUGAAGUCGAGAAUUGCAGAAAUAAGGGAUUCGAUGGAUUCAUCUCAAAACCUGUUCGUAUCAAAGAAAUGGUUAGAAGCCUUAUCAGAAUAAUAAGUAUUAUUGAGGCUUCUCAAGAACAAUAAUGACUGAUCAACCAAAUAGUAAUAUUAUAGUAAAUUUCUUAAUAAAUUAAAUUACUAAGUUUAUAUAUAUUAAAAAUACAUGCAAAAUUAAUUUAUUCAGUUUUAUGUUUGUUAGAAUAUUGCCUAAAUUAGCAUUUUUAUUCAUUAUU